CUAUUCUCAAUUCCUUCCAAUUUUCAACCAUAAGUACUUGAUCCCAAGUCCCAUUCCCACAAAGGCAAAACAAAACACAAUGGCCACCACAAAGCUCCUCCUCUCCCUCCUCCUCCUCAUCCAGCUCGCCGCCACGGCCUUCGCCAUAGGCGUAAACUACGGCACCCUCGCCGACAACCUCCCCCCACCGGCCCAAGUCGCCAACUUCCUCAAAACCCAAACCAACAUCGACAAGGUCAAGAUCUUCGACGCCAACCCGGACAUCAUCAAGGCUUUCGCCAACACCAACAUCUCCUUAACGAUCACCAUCCCCAACGGAGACAUCCCGAGCCUCACGAAACUACGUGCCGCACGCCGGUGGGUCGUGGAGCACGUCAAGCCGUUUUAUCCCCAGACAAAAAUCAACUACAUCGCCAUGGGCAACGAGGUCCUCCACUGGGGAGACGACAACCUUAAAAACAGCCUCGUCCCUGCCAUGAGGACCUUCCACAACGCUCUGGUCCGCGAGGGCAUCAAGGACGUCAAAGUCUCCACCCCUCACUCGCUCGGGAUCAUGCUGUCGUCCGAACCGCCGAGCCAGGGCCGGUUCAGACCGGAGGUGAUCCCGCUUCUGACCCCCAUGCUCGGGUUCUUGCGCCAGACCAAAGGUCCGUUUAUGGUCAACCCGUACCCGUAUUUCGGGUGGUCGCCGGAAAAGGAAAACUACGCUCUCUUCAAACCCAACAAGGGCGUGCACGACCAGUUCACUGGCAAGUCUUACACGAACAUGUUCGACGGGUUGAUGGACGCGGUUUACUCUGCGGCCAAGGCGGUCGGGUUCGGUGACGUCGACUUGGUGGCGGCCGAGACCGGUUGGCCUUCGUCUUGCGAGUUCCCGGUCUGCUCGGUUCAGAACGCCGUGGAUUACAACGGGCACUUGAUCAAGCAUGUGGAGUCUGGCAAGGGCACGCCGUUGAUGCCGAACCGGAAGUUCGACACUUACAUCUUUGCCUUGUUUAAUGAGAACCAGAAACCUGGUCCGCUGGCGGAGAAGAACUGGGGGCUGUUUAAACCGGACAUGACUCCGGUUUACAAUGCGGGGGUUAUGCGCAACCAACAGGGUGGUGCAACACCUGGACCAACGGCAACAACAGUACCACAGCCAGCAACACCAGCUGCACCAGCUGGACCAGCCAAACCAGUUAAAGGAGGUAAGAAGCCCAAACCAGUAACCCCAGCAGCGCCUGUGGCAGCCGGAGGCGGCAAGAAGUGGUGCGUGGCCAAACCAGGAGCAACCAACCAAGCUCUGCAGGCAAACAUUGACUACGUCUGCAGCAAGGGCGUUGACUGCAAGCCCAUCCAGCCAGGUGGCACCUGCUUCGAUAACGACGUUAAGGCCCGUGCGUCUUACCUCAUGAAUGCCUACUACCAGGCUAACGGCCGUCACGAUUUUAACUGUGAUUUCUCGAAAACGGGACAGGUUACUUCCGCCGACCCCAGCCACGGCUCUUGUAAAUACAACGCUUGAGUAGGGGCAUUUUAGGAGCCAGAAAUAUGGUGUUGUAUGACCAUUAUUUUUCAAACUCUUUUUGGUUUUUCUUUUGGGUUUGGGGAUGAUUUAUGGUGCCUCUGCAAAUGAGUAAGAUUUAUUGUACAAACGAUUUGAGAAGGGCUCAGCCAAUUGUGUGAGCACUUUCUCAACGUUAUCAUUGGAAACACAAUUUAUUUUUUUGGAAAAAGAAAAUCCAAAGUAUAAUUUUUUUAUAUU